AUGGAAGACUUUGUCGUCGGUCUAAUCGGCAUGGGUGACAUGGGGAAGAUGUAUGCGCAGAGGCUUUCUGCUGCCGGUUGGAAAAUAAUGGCCUGUGAUACGGAGGAAAAAUAUGAGGCGCUGAGGAAAGAAUUUGAUGGCAAUAACGAUGUACAAAUCUGCCGCAACGGUCACUUGGUCUCGAGAGCCAGCGACUACAUUAUCUAUAGCGUGGAGGCCGCCGCCAUUCACAAUGUAAUUGCCCAGUAUGGACCUUCCACCAAGUUGGGUGCCAUCGUUGGCGGUCAGACGUCAUGCAAGGACCCCGAGAUCAAAGCCUUUGAGCGCCAUCUCCCCGCAGACGUGGACAUCGUCUCGUGUCACUCUCUCCAUGGACCAGGCGUCGAUCCACGCAACCAACCGCUCGUGAUCAUUGCCCACCGCGCCUCCCCUGCCUCCGUGGCCAAGGUCGAGAUGGUCCUGUCUGUACUGGGGUCUAAGCACGUUCACCUCUCGGCCAAAGAGCACGACCGCAUCACGGCCGACACGCAGGCCGUGACGCACGCCGCAUUCCUCUCCAUGGGCAAGGCGUGGCACGCCAACCGGCAGUUUCCCUGGGAGAUGACGCGGUACGUUGGAGGGGUCGAAAACGUCAAGAUCAACAUCAUGCUCCGCAUCUACUCGCAGAAAUGGCAUGUGUACGCCGGCCUCGCCAUCCUGAACCCGGAGGCGCGCAAGCAGAUCUCUCAGUACGCCCGCAGCGUGACGGCCCUGUAUAAGCUGAUGCUCGAGGGCGACCUGGGUGCGCUGCGAGCCCGCGUGCUGGCGGCCAAGGAGAAGGUGUUUGGGCGGGACGACGCGCCGCUCUGGGACGAUCAGCCCCUCCUCAACCCUGAUCUGCUGGAACGGUUCUCGUUGGGGCGCAAGGAGCCGGGGGAAGCGCCGCGGGCGAACAACCACCUGAGCCUGCUGGCCAUGGUGGAUUGCUGGGCCGAACUCGGCAUCAUACCGUACAAUCACAUGGUCUGCUCGACGCCGCUCUUCCGGCUAUGGCUCGGUGUCACUGAGCACGUCUUCCGGAGUCCGGGGGUCUUGGACGAGGCGCUGCGUGUCGCGGUCGAAGACAGGACGUACAGGUCCGACGACCUCGAGUUUACUUUUGCCGCUAGGGGAUGGGCGGAGUGUGUGUCGCUGGGUCACUUCGAGACGUGGAAGAAUCGGUUCGAAACGACACAGGAGUUCUUUGAACCGCGGUUCAAGGAUGCUACUGUGGUUGGGAAUGCCAUGAUGAAGGCUGUUCUGGAGAGCACAAGGAAUUAA